GUCUCUGUAGCGGCUUCUCCCGGACGCGCUGAAUGCCUCCACUACGCGCCAACACGUUUGUCGCGUUUUGUUGUGCCUGCAUCAGUGGGCCCCCGUUGGCAGAGACCCUGGUCUUCCUGGUAUAUUUUUGGCGAUAUCCCGAUUCUUGACGAAACAUCACGAGGGCCGUUGACCGGAUUCACAAACUGCCAUCAUGGAUCUGUCAGACGAAUCGGCUUUUGACAGCUUCGGCGACAACGACGUCUCGGACGCGUUCAGCCCAGAGAAGCCAAAAGCAACAAAAGCAGCAAAAGCUCCGAAAAAGGCACCCGCAAAGAAGGAUGCCGCACCCAAGAAAGCCCCAGCAAAGAAGGCCGCGCCCAAGAAAGCAGCGACACUAAAGCGAGCGAACACCGGUGGCGACAGUGACGAGGAUGAAAGCUCUAUCGUCUCCCACAAAUCCAAAAAGACCAAGAAGGAGAGUGCGUAUGGAUCAGAUGACGACAAUGCAGAGGCUGGCGGACUGAUCUCUGCCCCCAAGGCCCGGGCAAAGAAGUCGGCGGAGGAGACUUACCAGAAGCUCUCCCUGAAGGAACAUAUCUUGAAGCGACCCGAUACUUAUAUUGGUUCCGUUGUUCCGACAGAGUCUGAGAUGUGGGUAUUUGAAAAAGAAGCCAACGAAAUGGCCAAGCGCAAAAUAACCUACGUACCUGGCCUGUACAAGAUUUUCGACGAAAUCUUGGUCAAUGCGGCUGACAACAAGCAAGCCGAUGAUGCAGACCAUAAGAUGAGCUACAUCAAAGUCACAGUGGAUCGAGAAGCCGGCGAGAUUAGCGUUGAAAACAACGGUAAAGGAAUUCCUGUUGUUAUGCAUUCGCAAGAAGGAAUCUACAUCCCUCACAUGAUCUUCGGCCACCUACUAACAGGUUCAAACUAUGACGAUAACGAAAAGAAAACUGUCGGUGGUCGAAACGGUUAUGGUGCAAAGCUUUGCAACGUUUUCAGUACCGAGUUUACAGUCGAAGUGCAAGACUCCGAGAACGGCAAGCGAUAUAAGCAAAUUUGGACAGACAACAUGUCCAACGCCGGCAAACCAAAAAUUACAAGCAACAAGACUAGCAAUUUCGUCAAAAUUACGUUCAAACCUGACUGGACAAAAUUCAACAUGCCCAGUGGGAUGGAUGACGACUUCGAGGCGCUGUUAUGCCGCAGAAUUUACGAUGUUGCUGGCACUAUCCGCGGUGUUCGCGUCUACCUCAACGGCAACCACAUCAAGCUGGGCUUCAAAACUUACUGCGAAAUGUAUGCCAAAUCUAUCGGCCUUCAACGAACUUCAGAAGAGGGUGCAGUAGCUACUACCACCGUCUAUGUUGACGACAAUAAGGCACAUGAAGGCUGGGAGAUUGGCUUUGCUGUCUCUGAUGGCACUUUCCAGCAGGUUUCGUUUGUGAACUCGAUUGCGACAACAUCUGGAGGUACUCACGUCAACUACAUUGCAGACCAAAUGACGGAAUAUCUGCUGGGCGUGUUGAACAAACGGAGAAAGGGUCACACAUUGAAACAGGCUCAUAUCCGUAACCACUGCUUCAUUUUUAUCAACUGUUUGAUUGAUAACCCAGCUUUCACUUCUCAAACCAAGGAACAAAUGACAACAAAGGUCAGCCAAUUUGGCCGCAAAUGCGUCUUGAGUGAUUCGUUCUUGAAGAAGAUUGGCACUUCUGAUGCAGUCACCAACAUCAUGGAAUUUGCCGAGAAGAAGGCUGACAAGAUGAUGGCCAAGAGUGAUGGUACCAAGCGAUCACGUAUCAGCAAUGCCAAGCUUGUUGAUGCUAACUUGGCUGGUACAAGACGAGGCUAUGAAUGCACUUUGAUUUUGACUGAAGGUGACUCAGCCAAGGGUUUGGCUGUCUCUGGACGUGCUAUCCUAGAUCCGGACCGCAUUGGUGUUUUCCCUCUCAGAGGUAAAAUGCUAAACGUUCGAGACGCAUCAAUUGAUCAGAUCACAAAGAACCAGGAAAUUCAAAAUAUCAAGCAAUUCCUUGGCUUGAAGCACAAGGCUGUGUACACUGAUACGAAGUCGCUGCGAUACGGUCAUCUGAUGAUCAUGGCCGAUCAGGAUCACGAUGGUAGUCAUAUCAAGGGUCUACUUAUCAACUUCCUUCAAGUUCAGUUCCCGUCACUGCUUAAGAUUCCGGACUUCUUCAGAGAAUUUAUCACGCCCGUCGUGAAGGUGUGGCAAGGUCCCAACCCGAAGAAGCCCCUUCGCCUCAAAUCCUUCUUCAACAUGCCACAAUAUGAGGAGUGGAAGGAAUCGCAUGCACAUGAGAUGAGCCGCUGGCAGACCAAGUACUUCAAGGGUCUGGGAACUAGUUCCAACGCUGACGCCCAGGUAUACUUCACCAACUUGGAUGAACAUCUGAAAGAGUUUGACGUGAUGCAAACCGACGAGGCCGACCUUUUCGAACUUGCAUUUUCAAAGAAGAAGGCUGAUGCCAGAAAAGAGUGGCUCGGAAACUUCAUUCCGGGCACGUUCUUGGACCACACUUCAAAGUCGAUUACAUAUUCGGACUUUGUAAACAAAGAACUCAUUCUUUUCAGCAUGGCUGAUAACGUACGAUCCAUCCCGUCCGUUCUAGAUGGUCUCAAGCCAGGUCAGCGCAAGGUUCUCUACGCCUGUUUUAAGCGCAAUCUGCAAAAAGACCAGAAGGUUAUUGAACUUGCUGGUUAUGUCUCCGAGAAGACUGCUUACCAUCACGGUGAAGCAUCUCUGCAACAAACGAUCAUUGCGCUCGCUCAGACCUUUGUUGGAUCUAACAAUGUAAAUGUUCUGGAACCCAGUGGUAACUUUGGUUCGCGAUUGGCUGGUGGUUCUGAUGCUGCCAGUCCUCGUUAUAUCCACACGCGCCUUUCACCCUUUGCUCGCAAAAUCUUCUCCGCUCUGGAUGAGCCCAACUUGAAACACCAGUACGAUGAUGGCAAGAUGAUCGAGCCUGAAUCAUUUGCACCUGUCAUCCCCAUGAUUCUUGUUAAUGGUGCCGACGGUAUUGGAACAGGUUGGAGCACUUCCAUCCCCAACUACAAUCCUGUUGAAAUUGUCGAGAAUUUGAAGAAGCGCAUGGGCCGUCUCCCUGGACAUGAAGAUGAAACGUCAUUCGCUCCAAUGCAACCAUGGUUCCGUGGAUGGAAGGGUGAAGUUGAGCCUGCUGAGACUGACCGCUUCAAGUUUAAUGGUAUCAUUGAUAUUGAAGACAAUAAUGAGGUUGUCAUUACGGAACUACCCAUUCGAGUCUGGACCGAUGACUUCAAAGCUCGACUGGAAGAAAUCAUUAGUGGUGCAAAGGGACCCAGCUUUGUCAAGGAUUACAAGGAAUUCAACGACCACAACACUGUCCAUUUUGCUAUCCAACUUGAUGAGAAGCACAUCAAAAUGGGCGAUGAAGAGACUCUGCGAGAAAAGUUCAAGCUCAACAAGCAGGUUGCGACGUCCAACUUGGUUGCCUUUGAUUCCUACGGCCGCAUCCGCAAAUAUGAUAAUGUGCAGGCGAUCUUGGAAGAGUUCUAUGACUACCGUUUGAACAUGUACACUGAACGACGAAAGCACUGGCUUGGUGUUUACAACAAGGACUAUCGAAAGUUGCGCAACCAAGCCCGCUUCAUUCAAGAAAUCAUCGACGGCAUCAUUAUUGUUGGAAGGAAAGCCAAGAAGGUUCUGAUUGGAGAACUGCGCCAGCGCCACUUUGAGCCGUUCCCCAAAGCAGCCAACGGCCAAAAGACUGCUGACAAGGAAGAUGAAAACGAGGAUGAAGACGAUGGUAGCGAUGCGCAUGACUACGAUUACCUUUUGUCGAUGCCUAUCUGGUCGCUUACUCAAGAACGUCUAGACAAGCUUCAUGAGUUGAUUAAGAAGAAGAAGGCUGAGCACGACGCUCUCGAAGCUCUGAGUGAGAAGGACCUGUGGUGCACAGACCUUGAUGAGUUCUUGCUGGAAUGGGACGCCCAACUGCAACUGGAUGCUGAAAUCCAGACCAACAUUCGCCGUAUGGGUCGCCGUGUUUCGAAGAAGAUAGGAGCUGGCCGUGGACGUAAGGUUGGUGGAGAUGAUGACUACAUGCCUGAGAAGAAGUCCAAGGUCAAGAAGGAGAAGCCUGCUGCCAAGAGUAGACUCUUGGAUAUGGAGACCAAGAGAGCUAUCAAGAAGGAAGAAGACAGUUUCUCUGAUGACGACUUUGCUGCUCUCGGUAGAAAGAAGUCGACGCCUUUGGAGGCUGUGGAGCCGCCCAAUGCUGCGAGAAAGCAACGUACUGCAGCAGCUAAGCCCAAGGCCUGGACCUUUUCGGAUGAGGAGGAUGAUUCGGCUGCUAGCGACAGCGGAAUUCCCGUCGUAAAGGGCAUUAGCGAAGCCCCGAAAGCCAAGAAGCCAGCUGCUGCGCCAGCUCCUAAGCCAAAGCCCAUUUCGGCCAAGAUGUUUAUCAUUGAAAGCGAUGAUGAAAUGGAGGAUGGAGCAGCUAAGCCUGCCUUUAGCCCGACACUGCCUAAUCGCUCGAUCAAGAAGCCCGAAGCUAGCACUUUAUUUGACGAGCCCUCCCCUCUUCUGGCGGAGAAGGUAAAGAAGCCAGUCAAGACUGCCGAGGCAAAGUCGAAGCCCAAGCCAAAGGCUGCAUCACUGAAGCAGACGACACUAUCACCCGCGGCCUUGGCGUACACUGCCAGACGAAACAAGGAAGCGGCUGACGACGACUUGGAAUCGAGCGGAUUCCGGGAUCCCUCACCGUCGCCGGUCCAGCGUCGUGCGAAGCGCCCUGCAGCAAGCAAAGCCCGAACGAUGGUGAUUGAUGACGAUUCAGAGGAACAGGAUGACGAGGAAGAAGAGGAAGAAGACGACGAUCCUUUUGAAAUGGACGACAGCGACUAGAUGUUGCGGUAGUGAGGCGAUGUUUUCUUCUUGUGAUUUGCAAUCUGAUUUUACGGGUUAGUGAUUUUUUUAGGCAAUUCAAUAGCAAAUGAAAGCUGGAGUAAUUUGAUUUUCAAAGUUUUGCACAAAUUGUAAAUGUCAUACGAAGCGAAAACAAAACCAGGUUGAUUGCAUAUUCUAAAUCUAAUAGUAUCGAAUGCAUGCAAUGCCUGUCGUCGCAGGAUCGGCUAAGCGCGCGGCGCCUGCAGCUAUCCGGACAAAACCCAAACAAACACCAGAGUAUGCGAGUUUUACAUCUUUCUAGAAGACUGUAUUUGUAGAAGAGUACAUUGAAAAUCGAUCAGAGAGAGGGAGGAAAAAAGAGAACAAAGGCUGGGAGAAGAAGAUGGGAGGGAGGCGGAAGUAGAUUGAUGAAAGGCGCUUAUUUGUUGGAGUUGGCCUGGUGGACGGCGUCGGUGUCGAAUGGGACAAUGUUGCCAGAGCCGUCGCUCAUGGAAGCCUCCUCAGCAUCAACUCUAGA